AUGCAUAUCGCUGCGUGCCACCAUGACGGAGAGACCAGGUGUCGCGACGAACCACUUUGUGCCACCAGGCAGCUGCUCAAACGUCGUUUCUCCACCGCUGUGAACAAGACGCGAACAACCACGACAACACAUCCUUUUGUUGUCGCACCUGCCAUGAGCAAACCAUUGCUGGUGGCCGACGCGAGUGCAAACGACCCAGAAAUCCUUGAUUCGAGUAAUGGGACCAGAAUCGUUGCAGAAAGGGGUUUCAAAAUUUGGGUUCGACCGGAGGGUUCAAAAGAGUUCAAUUUGAAAAAUUAG